AUGCCAUGCCCUUCUUCGACGUCCACGGAAGUUGGGCCUCGAGCUCACGUGCCGGCCCUUCUCAUUGCUGCCUACGCAGCACCUGGCAUCGGUUUUGGAGCGUCGCAGGUCAUGGUCAGCUUGUUCCUGCCAGCAUUCUAUGCAGACACUCUUGGCGUGCCGCUGGGACAGAUUGGGGCUGCAACCACCGCAGUGCAGAUCUUUGACGCCAUGACCGAUCCACUGUUGGGCCACAUAUCUGACAAGUGCAGGGCUACGUGUGGUCGACGCAGGCCCUUCCUGCUCAUUGGAGGACUUGGCCUCGCAGCAUCCUUCGUGACUCUGUUCUCGCCCCCCGACUUCCGAAAUCCUUCUUCUGCACUCGUCUUCGUCACAGCUUUGGGCUUGGCCACGCAAUUUUUCUUGACGGUCGCCCGCAUACCGUGGACAGCAUGGGCAAUCGAGCUUACCUCUGAGUACGAUGAGAAGACAAAGCUAUCUUCAGUGCGGGAAUUCAUGUGGGUGCUUGGAGCUAUGCUCGGUGCAGUCCUACCCAGCAUCAUGGGGACAAUCGUUGACGAAUCACAGCGGCUUUCCCUUGCUGCUGGCUUUUGGGCCGUGACUAUCGUGGCCAGCAGUGCACUGUGCUUCUGCUGUGUGCGCGAUGAAGUCCCGUCAGCUCCAGGUGACAGCGCCCACACCGUGAGCUCUCAGAUUGCCUUCGCUCGCAGCAUUGCUUGCAGCCGGGCAGGCGCAGCACUUUACGCCGCCACUGUUUUGGUGAUCAUGGCAACUUCCAGCAAUGCAAUUCUGUUCCCCUUUUUCGUGAAGUACAUUCUCCAAGAUGAAGGUGGUACAGAAUGGCUGCUGGGGCUCUACAUCUUCCUCGGCGCAGUGUUCGUGCCUUUCUGGGCAUGGGUGGCCAAGCAAGCCGACAAGAAGCGGACCUUGGUCUUCAUCACUUUGGUACAGUCGUCAGUGUUGCUGUUGAUCUUUGCGGCCGUUGACAGCGGGGCUUUCAGCACCUACGUUGCCUGCAUCAUCUCGGCAGGAUCCGUUAUGGGGGGGAGCGCUGUGGUCCGCUUCUCCAUGAUGGCAGACGUGGCAGAUAUGCUGCAACUUCAGACCGGAGGGGGUCGAGAUGAAGGCAAAAUUGUUGGCCUCUUCGAUGUAUCCGCAAAAUUGGCUGCAUCUGGGUUGGUGGCACUUGGAUUCCUGGCAAUCGACCUCUCUGGCUACCAGGUAGACGCCAUGCCUCAGACGGCAGCAGCAAGCUUUGCCAUCCGGCUGUUUUAUGCCUUGGUGCCAAGCAUCUUGGCGCUCUUCUCUGCGAUUGUGAUUUGGACGCUGUAUCCGCUCAAUCGGGCGCAGCAUGCUGAGAUUCUGGCGAAGCUGAGCUUCUCUGCCUCGUUUAGGAGCGUUAGCACUCGCAAGCUCAACUUCGAAAACGCAGGUUGCUGA